AUGUUUGUCUCUCCUCUCCUCGCAAUCGGCCUGGCGCCAUUGCUCGCAUCCGCCGCUCCCUCCUGGUCUGUCGGUCCAACCACCGAUUACGCCACCAAGGCGGGCAACAAAAUCUGCAAUGUCCUCAACUACGACGGUGUCGCCGAUAACUCCACCGAUAUCGGUCCCGCCAUCAGCUCCGCCUGGGAUGACUGCAAGUCCGACGGCGUUGUCUACAUCCCUUCCGGCGACUAUGCGCUCGAGUCCUGGGUUACCCUAAGUGGGGGCAAGAGCACUGCUAUCCGGAUGGAUGGUACCAUCUACCGGACUGGCUCCGAUGGAGGUAACAUGAUCUUCAUCGAGCAUACCUCUGACUUUGAGCUGUUCAGUUCGAACUCCGAGGGUGCUGUUCAGGGCUUUGGAUAUGAGUUCCACAAGGAUGGUUCUUUGAGUGGUCCUCGUAUCCUGCGUCUGUAUGAGGUGACUGAUUUCUCGGUGCACGAUCUGAUCCUGGUCGAUGCGCCCGCUUUCCAUUUUUCACUAGAUACCUGCUCCAACGGUGAGGUUUACAACAUGGCUAUUCGGGGUGGUGACUCUGGUGGUCUUGAUGGUAUUGACGUGUGGUCUGAUGAGAUGUGGAUUCAUGAUGUCGAGGUCACCAACAAGGACGAGUGCGUCACUGUUAAGAGUCCCUCCAAGAGCAUCCUGGUUGAAAACAUCUACUGCAACUGGAGCGGUGGCUGCGCCAUGGGCUCCCUCUCCACUGACGUCGACAUCAGCGACAUCACCUACCGCAACAUCUACACCUGGUCCUCAAACCAGAUGUACAUGAUCAAGAGCAACGGCGGCAGCGGCACCGUCUCCGGCCUGGUCCUGGAGAACUUCAUCGGCUACGGUAACGCCUACUCCCUCGACAUCGACCAAGCCUGGAGCAGCAUGUCCAUGACCGAUGGAGACGGCGUACAACUGGAGAACAUCACCAUCAGUAACUGGAAGGGCACCGAAGCCGACGGCGCCCAGCGUGGUCCCAUCAAGGUGAACUGCGCGUCCGGCGCCCCCUGCAAGGACAUCACCAUCAAGGACUUUGAGAUGUGGACCGAGGAGGGCGACUACCAGACCUACAUCUGCAACAGCGCCUACGGUUCCGGCGCUUGUCUGCAGGAUGGCGAUGACUACACUGAGUACUCGACCACCGUGACAGUCACCUCUGUCCCGACCGGAUACUCGGCCGCUACCAUGGCUGGAGACCUGUCUACUGCCUUUGGUACGGACUCGGUAAUUCCCAUUCCUACCAUCCCCACUUCGUUUUACCCUGGUGCGACUCCAUACAGUGUUUUGGCUGUGCAGGCGUCGAGCUCUGCUUAA